UUCAGUUACCACGUGAACCGCCGACGGAGCCCCGGGAGGGGGAGGUGGCGGCGGCGGUAAGUGAGACAGGGGGAAGAGGAGGAGAGGGGGAAGAAAAAAAAAAGAAAAAAGAAAAAAAAAGGAAAGAGGAGGCGAAGGGAGUGUCAGGCCAGCGCGGGCGCGGCGACCCCGGAGGCCUAGUGGCGGCGGAGCGGAGGCUUCCAGGCUGAAGUGAGCUCGGGCACGGCGGUGGCGGCGGCGGGCGGACGCACGGACUGAGCGAGCCGGGCGGUGGCGGGAGCCGCGGGAGGAGCCGGAACCAUGCCGGCCGUGAGCCUCCCGCCCAAGGAGAACGCGCUCUUCAAGCGCAUCUUGAGAUGUUAUGAACAUAAACAGUAUAGAAAUGGAUUGAAGUUCUGUAAACAAAUCCUUUCCAAUCCCAAAUUUGCAGAGCAUGGAGAAACCCUGGCUAUGAAAGGAUUAACGUUGAACUGUUUGGGAAAAAAGGAAGAAGCUUAUGAAUUGGUUCGCAGAGGUUUGAGAAAUGACUUAAAGAGUCAUGUGUGUUGGCAUGUUUAUGGCCUUCUUCAAAGGUCAGACAAGAAGUAUGAUGAAGCCAUUAAGUGCUACAGAAAUGCACUGAAAUGGGAUAAAGACAAUCUUCAGAUCUUAAGAGAUCUUUCCUUACUACAGAUUCAAAUGCGAGAUCUUGAGGGAUAUAGGGAAACAAGAUACCAGUUGCUUCAGCUUCGACCUGCACAGAGAGCAUCAUGGAUUGGUUAUGCUAUUGCUUACCAUUUAUUAGAAGACUAUGAAAUGGCAGCAAAAAUUUUAGAAGAGUUUAGGAAAACACAGCAGACAUCUCCUGAUAAAGUGGAUUAUGAAUAUAGUGAACUUCUCUUAUAUCAGAAUCAAGUUCUUCGGGAAGCAGGUCUUUAUAGAGAAGCCCUGGAACAUCUUUGUACCUAUGAAAAGCAGAUUUGUGAUAAACUUGCUGUCGAAGAAACCAAAGGGGAACUUCUGUUGCAGUUGUGUCGUUUGGAAGAUGCUGCUGAUGUUUAUAGAGGAUUACAAGAGAGGAAUCCUGAAAAUUGGGCCUAUUACAAAGGCUUAGAAAAAGCACUGAAGCCAGCUAAUAUGUUAGAACGGCUAAAAAUAUAUGAGGAGGCCUGGACUAAAUACCCGAGGGGACUUGUGCCAAGAAGACUGCCGUUAAACUUUUUAUCUGGAGAGAAGUUUAAGGAGUGUUUGGAUAGGUUCCUAAGGAUGAAUUUCAGCAAGGGUUGUCCACCUGUCUUCAAUACCUUGAGGUCUUUAUACAGAGAUAAAGAGAAGGUGGCAAUCGUAGAAGAACUAGUAGUUGGUUAUGAAACUUCUCUAAAAAGUUGUCGCCUAUUUAACCCCAAUGACGAUGGAAAGGAGGAACCUCCAACCACGUUACUCUGGGUCCAGUACUAUUUGGCACAGCAUUAUGAUAAAAUCGGUCAGCCCUCCAUUGCUCUGGAGUACAUAAAUACUGCUAUUGAAAGUACACCAACAUUGAUAGAACUCUUUCUUGUGAAAGCUAAAAUCUAUAAGCAUGCUGGGAAUAUUAAAGAAGCUGCCAGGUGGAUGGAUGAAGCCCAGGCCCUGGACACAGCAGACAGAUUUAUUAAUUCCAAGUGCGCAAAGUACAUGUUAAAAGCCAAUCUGAUUAAAGAGGCUGAAGAAAUGUGUUCCAAGUUUACGAGGGAAGGAACGUCAGCGGUAGAGAACCUGAACGAAAUGCAGUGUAUGUGGUUCCAGACAGAGUGUGCUCAGGCAUACAAAGCAAUGAACAAAUUUGGUGAAGCACUUAAGAAAUGUCAUGAAAUUGAGAGACAUUUUAUAGAAAUCACCGAUGACCAGUUUGACUUUCAUACGUACUGUAUGAGGAAGAUCACCCUUAGAUCAUAUGUGGACUUAUUAAAACUAGAAGAUGUACUUCGACAGCAUCCAUUUUACUUCAAAGCAGCGAGAAUUGCUAUUGAGAUCUAUCUGAAGCUUCAUGACAACCCUCUUACAGACGAGAACAAAGAGCAUGAGGCUGAUACAGCAAACAUGUCUGACAAAGAGUUAAAGAAACUACGUAAUAAACAAAGAAGAGCUCAAAAGAAAGCCCAGAUAGAAGAAGAGAAAAAAAAUGCAGAAAAAGAAAAGCAGCAGCGGAAUCAGAAAAAGAAAAAGGAUGAUGAUGAUGAAGAAAUUGGAGGCCCCAAAGAAGAGCUUAUCCCUGAGAAACUGGCCAAGGUUGAAACUCCAUUGGAAGAAGCUAUUAAGUUUUUAACACCGUUGAAGAACUUGGUGAAGAACAAGAUAGAAACUCAUCUUUUUGCCUUUGAGAUUUACUUUAGGAAAGAAAAGUUUCUUUUGAUGCUACAAUCAGUAAAGCGGGCAUUUGCUAUUGAUUCUAGUCAUCCCUGGCUUCAUGAGUGCAUGAUCCGACUCUUUAAUUCUGCAGUGUGUGAAAGCAAAGACUUACCUGAAACAGUUAGAACAGUAUUAAAACAAGAAAUGAAUCGUCUUUUUGGAGCAACAAAUCCAAAGAAUUUUAAUGAAACCUUUCUGAAAAGGAAUUCUGAUUCAUUGCCACAUAGAUUAUCAGCUGCCAAAAUGGUAUAUUAUUUAGAUUCUUCUAGUCAGAAACGAGCAAUAGAGCUGGCAACAACACUUGAUGGAUCCCUCACCAACAGAAACCUUCAGACUUGCAUGGAGGUGUUGGAAUCCUUGUGUGAUGGUAGCCUAGGAGACUGUAAAGAAGCUGCCGAAGCCUACAGAGCAAGUUGUCAUAAGCUUUUCCCUUAUGCUUUGGCUUUCAUGCCUCCUGGAUACGAAGAGGAUAUGAAGAUCACAGUGAAUGGAGAUAGUUCUGCAGAAACGGAAGAACUGGCCAAUGAAAUCUAAACAUCAUUAAACAAGCAAAUGGAAUGACUUUGGACCAUAUCUAGUGUAUAAUAUUUUUGUCACGCACCUGCUGCAUUGCUCUUACUUACACAGAAUGAGAGGAGUAAAUGUUCUUGCCUUCAAAUAGUCUUACUUUUUUUAUCCUGCUGAAAACUAUAUAUAAAAUAACAUUACAGGAUAUAGGUUCAGUUUCUUAAAAAAUUAAAAGCUGCUAAAAUUGAGGGGUUUAAAAGAAAAAAAAAAAAUCCGUAUCCUAUUCCUACCUUCCCUUCCCAUGUUUUUAACUAAUUUAUAUAAAAUCUGGAGGCUGUAACAGCUAACAUAGCAGGUGUGUGGCAGAAAUAUUACUUUAAAUUUGUCUUGUGAGAUUUUACUAUAUCUCAGACAGCAUAAAUGCUGUUUUAGCACUGGAUUCUUUCACUGAGCACAAAGAGUUGUUGGGGCUUUAGCAUCUGACUGAUUUUGUUACGGGGUUGAUUAUUGACCAUAGGAAGUAUGCAAUGUGAAUCACUGUGUACAGAGCCAUCUACAACAGAUGCUUGACGUUGUAGAGACUGGGACACAUAGCUACCAAGCGGAUUAAAUGAAACCUAGAAGGUGUUCAGUACGUGUGUUGUGUUUCCAAAAUUCACUGUACAUGAUCAGUUUGGUGUUCUUGUACCACAGUUUUUAACCGAAGGAACCAGUUGGAACAAUCUCAAUUUACUAAAACUUGAAGAACUAAAAUAACAAUGCAAACCUUUAGCAUUGUUUUGGCCAAACUUGUUAAAACUGUAAUGCAAGAACCAAAUGCACUGUGAUGUGGCACCAACUAAUUAGCAAGCAUGAAUUUUUCACCUGAGAGUGAAAAAAGAAAACUCUACCAUGGCUUGAAGUUAAAGAGCAGAACUCCUGACUACCAUUCUAUGACUGAUCAAGAGACUAAUAGCUAAAACCUCAGCAGGCCUUGUUCACGAUAUGCAGAAAAAGUGCUGCAGUUUAGAUACCUCUGGAACUUUUCCACAGUGUCACAGGUUUGUAAUACUUGAAGCCCUUCAUUUCUAAGAAUAUAUUUCUUGCUCAGUUGUUUCAGGCAAGCCCAAGACUUUGUAAUUUUUAAAGGGCCCAAGAUUUUUUUUUUUCAAUAACAGACCAGCUUCUUUUUCCUGCAGUUACAAAUGUAAUUUCUUUUUUUUUUUUUUUUUUUUUUUUUUGUUU